AUGGAUACUCCCAGGGGCGGUGGUGACCCCAAGGGCCGUUUCAGGGGGGACUCUCCCAGAGACUUUCCCAGGAACGGGGUUGACCCCAGGGUCCCUCUCAGGGUCGGCGCCGCUUCCAGGGACUCUCCCAGGGGUGGCGGCUUACCCAGGGACCCUUACAAAGGCGGUGGUGCCCCCAGGGACACUCCCAGAGACAGCGGUGUUCCCAGGGACUCAUGCAGGCACCUUCCCAAGGGCAGCAGCUACCUCAGGGACUUUCCCAGGAUGGGGUCGCCCCCCAAGGGCUCUCGCAGGGCGAUGGAGCCCCCACUGGCAGAGGUGCCCCCUGGGACCCUCCCAAGGGCGGCAGUGCCCCCGGGGACCUUCCCAAAGACGGCAUUGCCCUCAGGGACCCUUCCAGGUGUGGCGGUACCCACAGGGAUCCUCCCAGAGGUGGUGACGGCCCCAGGGACCAUCCCAGGUGUGGUGACGUUUCCAUGGGCCCUCUGA